UUAAUUUACUCGUCGGUCUCUUUCUUGCUUUCUUUCCAAACAGCAUCUUUACUUUCUUAUUUCAUCGUGUAAUAAAUACAGAAGGCUCACGUUUUGCCAAGUGAGCAAACAGUACUUUGCCUUCACGGAUUUCAAACAAUAAAUUUGCAGUAGUCUUUAGUCGAAUGUAUUUUCUGACAUAUUUCCUCAAGACCCGGCAAGAAAAUUUCUCAUCUUUCCCAGUAACUCUCCACACAUACCACCUUUCUUCUUCUUCUUCUUCUUGAGCUGAGAUUCUACUUGCAGAACAAGGAACCUUUGUCUUUUACCUUUUUAAAAAGGAAAAUAAAAACAGCAUUAUCCAUCUCCACACUUCUCAUGGCUUCAAUAAACGAUAUUGGAGUGGCAGCAGCAAUCAAUAUAGUCACAGCAAUUGCUUUCUUGCUAGCUUUUGCGAUACUCAGGAUUCAACCAGUAAACGACAGAGUCUAUUUCCCUAAAUGGUAUCUCAAGGGCUUAAGAACUAGCUCUAUACAAACCGGUGGCUUUGGAAGCAAGUUUAUCAACUUGGACUUCAGGUCCUAUGUUAGAUUCCUUAACUGGAUGCCUGAAGCACUUAAAAUGCCAGAACCUGAGCUUGUCCAUCACGCAGGACUCGAUUCUGUUGUCUACUUAAGGAUCUACUUACUCGGGCUCAAGAUCUUUUUCCCCAUAGCUUGUGUUGCUUUUACAGCAAUGGUGCCUGUUAACUGGACAAACAAGGGAUUGGAUCGGUUGAAACACUCUAAUAUAAGUUUCAGUGAUAUCGAUAAACUUUCUUUAUCAAAUAUACCAAAUGGAUCAGGCAGAUUUUGGGUGCAUUUGUGUAUGGCUUAUGCCAUCACCUUCUGGACAUGUUUUAUGCUGAAAAGAGAGUACCAGAAUAUAGCUUUGAUGAGGCUACAGUUUCUUGCAAAUGAUGAAAGGAGACCUAACCAGUUUACUGUGCUGGUGAGAAACAUUCCUACUGAUCCUCAUGAAUCAGUUUGUGAACUUGUUGAACAUUUCUUCAAGGUCAACCAUCCUGAUCACUACCUCACUUACCAGGCAGUCCACGACUCAACAAAACUCUCAGAGUUGGUUCAGAAGAGGAAACAAAUGCAGAAUCUGCUUGAUUACAAUAUCAACAAACACAUGAGAACUCAAUCUAAAAGGCCAGUAAUAAAGAUAAAUGAAGAGAAGCAGAGGUUAAGGACAGGGACAAAGUCUAUAGUUCCAGCAGCUUUUGUAUCUUUCAAGAGCCGUUGGGGAGCAGCGGUUUGUGCACAAACUGAACAGUCAAGAGACCCAACAGAGUGGCUAACAGAGUGGGCUGCAGAGCCACGUGACAUCUACUAUGACAAUCUAGCAGUGCCAUAUGUCGACCUUAAGAUAAGGAGGAUCAUAGUAGCUAUCGCAUACUUCUUCCUCACCUUCUUCUUCAUGAUCCCAAUAGCAUUUGUACAGUCACUCGCCAACAUAGAAGGCAUAGAGAAGGCUUUUCCCUUCUUGAAGCCCCUUAUAGAAGUCAAAUUUUUCAAGUCCAUCAUCCAAGGCUUUCUUCCAGGAAUAGCAUUGAAGAUCUUCCUCAUGUUCCUCCCAAGAAUACUGAUGCAAAUGUCGAAAUUCGAAGGUUUUGUCAGCACAUCUUCAUUAGAAAGAAGAGCUGCAAGUAGAUUCUACAUGUUUCAGUUCAUCAAUGUUUUCCUUGGAAGUAUAGUCACAGGGACUGCGUUUCAACAGCUCAACCGCUUCCUCAACCAGUCUGCAAACGAUAUUCCAAAGAUAAUCGGCGUCUCGAUUCCAAUGAAAGCGACCUUCUUUAUAACAUAUAUAAUGGUGGAUGGAUGGGCAGGUGUUGCUGGAGAGAUACUGAGGUUGAAGCCGCUUAUAAUCUAUCAUCUAAAGAACUCUUUCUUAGUGAGAACUGAGAAUGAUAGGGAAGAAGCAACAGAUGCUGGAACCAUAGGAUUCAACACUGGCGAACCGCAAAUACAACUCUACUUCCUUCUUGGUCUUGUUUACGCAGCAGUUAGUCCCAUCCUUCUUCCUUUUAUUAUCCUCUUCUUCGCCCUGGCUUAUGUAGUGUACCGUCAUCAGGUUAUAAAUGUGUAUAACCAAACGUAUGAGAGCGCAGGGAAGUUCUGGCCUGACGUUCACAGGCGUGUUGUGACCGCACUGGUAGUUUCGCAGCUGCUUUUGAUGGGUCUUCUAAGCACCAAACAAGCUUCUAAGUCAACUCCUUUGCUUCUUGUUCUUCCGGUGCUGACCAUUGGGUUCCACAUGCACUGCAAAUGCCGUUACCUACCUGCUUUUGUCACAUACUCUUUACAGUAUAUCUUUUACCUUUUGUUGUAUCAGGAAGCCAUGAUCAAAGAUACAUUGGAACGCACACGUGAGCCAAACCUAAACCUCAAGGCUUUCUUUCGAAAUGCGUAUGCGCACCCGGAGUUCAGGGUUGGAGAAGAUUUAGAGCUAGAGAUGGCCGUGGAGAAGCCUGAUAAGACACCUGAGCUAGUUUCCACUAAGCGUGGCUCAUGGAGGAACACUCCUUUGCCUAGCGGCAAACAUAGCUGGCCUUAUUCACCUUGAUGCUUGUUCUGUUCUACCUUAAAUGGUGAUUCUUUCAUGUUCUAUGUACAUAGUAACAAUUGUAUUAAAUGCAAAAAAAAAGAAACACCACUGAAAAAGCAUACAGGACGUCACGACUAUGUGCAAAGUAACAAUUGUAUUAAAUACAAAGAAAAACAUACCAUUGAAAAAGCAUAGGGGAAUUUACAGCUUGAAUCAUAUCCAAUGAUUAGACAGAGCCAAAAUAAAAAUACCAGGAGGUCAGUGCCAACUAUGAUUACAAUGAUUUUCUCUCGAAGAUGCUCUCACCAUAAGUGUCUAGAAGUGGCUGAAGGGCUUUACGACCAUCAGGACGAGCAAGAACUCGACGCAGUCUAUGUUUAACCACACUGUCUGGGAUGAAUUUCCUAUCGAGCAUGUUCUCAAGAAGCGGGACAGCAUCUUUAACCCUGUUCAGUUGAAGGAAGCCACUUACAAGGGUGUUGAACAUAAUAGAAUCAGGUGAACAACCCUUUGGCUCUAAUUCAUAGAACAAUGCUCUGGCUUCUGAUAGCAUCUCAUGUUUGCAGAGGGCAUCAAUAAUUAUGUUGUAUGUUACCACAUUUGCCACCAAUCCCAUGUUUUGGAUUUCAUCAAAGAGUCUCUUUGCAUCAUCUAGUUUCCCAUUUUUUAUUAGACCACUGAUGAGAGCAUUGAACUGAAAUAUGUCUGGGGAUUGACCAGACUUGCGUAUUGAGUUGAAGAUAUCUUGGGCAGCAUCUGAAUCUCCAGCUCGGCAAGAAGCGUGUAUCAGUGAAGUGUAGGUGUAACUGUCUGGUUUCAGCCCCUCACGUUUCAUGCGUCUUAUAAGCUCAAAGGCCUCGUCUAGUUUUCCUUGUUUGCAAUAGCCACUGAACAUUGUAUUGUACGUAAUGGUAUCAGGCACCAAACCCUUGUCAGACAUUUCAUCAAAACGUCUCUUUGCAUCAUCCCAUUUACCACUUUUUAUCAGACCAUCGAUGAGAAUAUUGAACUGGAUUAUGUUUGAAGCAUGACCAGCUGCAUCAAAGAUUUCUAAGGCCAUGUCCCAGUUCCCGGCUUGGCUUGCACCACGAAUCAUUAUCGUGUAUAGAGCACCGCUAAGUCUCAUCCCUUCACUUCCCAUUCUUCUUAUGAGCUCUAUGGCUUCCUUCGUUCUACCAUACUUGAAACAGCCCAUGAUCAUAUUACUGUACGCUACAGCAUCUGGCACCAAGCCCUUGUCCAAGAUUUCAUCAAAUAGUUUUCUUGCUUCAUCUAUUUUCUCCUUUUUAAUCAGACCAUCAAUUAGAGCAGUGUAAUGAUGUAAGUGUGGAGAGGAAUCAGACUUGCGUAUCACAUCAAAGACUUCUUUGGCAACUUCUGAAUCUCCAGCUUGGUUAACAAACCGGAUCAGUGACAUAUUUGUAUAGCUAUCUGGCUUCAAACCUUUACAAUUCAUUUCCCUUAUAAGCUCGCCGGCUUCCUCAAGCUUCCCAUACUUGCAAUAGCCACUGAUCAUCAUGUUGUAAGUAACCACAUUAAGCUCAACCUCAUCAUGCCUCAUCGACUCGAAUAGUUUAGUUGCGUCUGUAUACCUACACCCUGUGAAUAGACCAUCCAACAGCGUGUUAUAUGUCUGUAAAUUAGGCUCCGGACCUUUAUUAAUCAUUGAGCCAUACACAUCAAUAGCUUCAUCCAGCUUAUGGUCUUUGCAAAGACGACUUAUCAAAGUGUUGUAAGUACAAACAUCCGGUGAUAUCCCUCUUCUCACCAUUUCAUUGAUCAUCUC